CCGUUCUGGAAAUUAAAAGGAAGGAUUCUAGGUAAAAUGACAAACCUGUAUAUAUCUUUAGUGAAACAAUUCUCUCUCUCUCACACUAGACACAACUCAGAAACCAGCUAAUUCAUGAAUUGAUGCACCCUGUAUUGAGUGGAGAACUACAGCCUCAGUCCAUUUCAGUGGAAGGGAGUGCCCUCUUAAUAGGUGCUUCUAACUCUCUAGUGGCAGAUCACUUACAGAAAUGUGGCUAUGAAUAUUCACUUUCUGUGUUCUUUCCAGAAAGUGGUUUGGCAAAAGAAAAGGUAUUUACUAUGCAGGAUCUGUUACAACUCUUUAAAAUCAACCCCACAUCCAAUCUCUACAAAUCACUGACUUCAGGAUUUGAUAAAGAAAACCAAAAAGUCUAACAUGCCCCCCAAGUAUGAUGUUUUGAGUCAAGAUGAACUGCGCAAAAAGCUGUACCAGACGUUUAAGGAUCGGGGUAUACUGGACACACUUAAGGUAUCAGAUUUAGGCAUGUCUGUGUCAUAACUUUUACAAGUGUAACCUGUAACAAGUAGUUCACGUUUAAAUUCAUACAGAGCUUGGGGUUUAAACAUAGUGAAAUAGAUAAACCAUAUUGGCGAGCUACAUUUUUAUAUGGAAAAUGUUGAGUUUGAGACGUCUUUAAAAAGCAUAUCCAGAUACUAGAUUUAUUGAAUUGACAUUAAGAUAGGAGUGGGUAACAUUUAUGUAGCGAAUACAUUUUAAUAAGUUUAGGCUUGUUUUAUAAGUGUGAUUUACAGGUUCUUGAAUUGAUAAGUGGUUUUGUAGUAUGUUUGGAUGACAAAGGACAUUGACACUAUAUAAAAUAUAUCAAGUAUACUGCUUACUGUAGAACAGAAUAAGGAAUGA